UCCGUGCACAUUAAGGAGGGCACGAUAUUGUUCUCCCCCAAAUCGGAGUCAACUAUUUCAUAUGUGCAUGCGUCCCACUCCAUCCCAUGGGGGCCAUACAGUUAGUAGUUGGCAUUAAAAGGGAAAUUGCCCGCCAUCCUGCAUUUAAUUCUACUUUUACUUUCUUCAUACCCUCUCUCUGUUUUGAUUUGGUUUGAUUCAAUUUUCAUUCCCCCCCCCAAACAAGAAUGGACGUGGAAGACCACAAAUCCCCUGUUGCUAUGGCUAACAGAUCCUCCAACAAGAAAAGAGCAAGAAAUUGCUGCUUCAUCUGCCUCGCUCUCCUUCUCCUUCUAGGGCUUCUCUUACUCAUCUUGGGCUUAACAGUUUUCAAAACCAAAAAGCCUGUCACGACAGUAGAUGCCGUUUCCCUAGAUGAUUUGGAUGUUUCAUUUGACAUCGCUCGACUCCAAGUUCACCUCAAUGUCACCGUUAAAGCCGAUCUCUCUGUCCAAAAUCCCAACCGGGUCAGCUUCAAAUACGACACCACAUCUGCUCUACUCCAGUACAAGGGACAAGUUAUCGGAGUUGCCCCUCUUUUGGCCGGCAAAAUUGGCUCCCGUCAAACGCAUCCAAUGAAUAUUUCCCUCACCGUCAUGGCCGAUCGAUUACUUUCCGACUCCAGUUUGUAUUCCGAUGUUAUGGCCGGUGCGUUACACCUCACUACUUACGUCAAAUUGUCUGGGGUUGUCCAUCUUCUAUUCAAGAUUCGUGUCAAGACUUCCUCUACCUGCGAUUUGUUCAUCGAUGUUCUUAACAGGAGGCUCCUUAAUCAGACUUGUCAUUAUAAGACGAAGCUAUGAUUUGUUUUAUUUGUUUUCUCUUCUGUAUGAAGAACUAUUGGGAUAGGUUACACACAAAAAGGCAAGUGUUAUCUAGCUAGUGUAAUACAGGUGAGGAAAUUAAGUUUGCAGUACAGUUGCUCUUUGUUUCAUCUGGUCUUGAACUAAAGUAGACAAUAAUGGAGUUAGUGACAACAUGUAAUUCUCAUUCAUUCAUUUUGUCGUACUGCAACUCAGAAUCUUUUAUUAAGUAAAAUGGUUCUUCUGCGAAUUUUGUACUUGAAAUGUUAGUGUUGGAAAUUAGAGAUCCUUGUUUGUACCACCAUAAUAAAAUCUGUUGAAGUUUAGCUACUCCUAAAAGUGGUUGUCAUACUCAACCCUGAGCCCCUUUGAUGACCAAGAAUUAAAAUGAGAAUAGGUCAAGUGCUUCUUAUCAAGGACAGGACCUGGUUUAACAGGCAUAUUGGGAAGCUUUGCUAUUAACUUGAUGCAAUUUCAUCAGUUUUGUCUUUCACUGUCAUAUACAGCAGAGAGUACAAUAAAACUUGUUCAGCUUCAUUUUACAAAAGGAUUGGAUGUUAGUUUCAAGUUGAAGUGAAGUGUAUCUGCUAUGAAAAAUGAAAUGGAGAUGCUUCUUUGAAUGAGCUGUAACAUUUUUAACUCAGAAACCAGGGAGUGAACUCGUGGCAUAUGUGUCUGCCAUGAAAUAAACUGGGAGCUGCAAAGCAAAAUCUGACAGAAACAAUCAUGGAAAGUGUACAUUCUAUAGAUGAAGUUAUUUCUUUCAAGUGUAACGUGAUUUCGAUCUCCAAUUAUUAAACAAAUUGAAUUGCUUUA